UUUCUAAUUCAUUUAAAUAAUUGCAUUUUCCCUAAUAUUAAUUUUGUAAUAAUCUGGUGGUAUUGCGACUAAGGCUAAUUCUCGGCUCCUCUUCUCGCCGAUAAUAUCGAUCUCACGAGAUACUAGCUAGUAAGCUCUUCGUGAAACGGUUUAGGAAGAUCAGAGACAUCUCCGUAGUUGGCGGAUAAAGUUAUGACUGUCUUGUCGUUGGUUUCUAGGAACGAGCCCCAGGUAGCUAGCAGGCGGGUAUCCGACCGCGCGCUAGUAAUACAGUACAGCUGAUCAAUUCCAAUACGCUGCUUUCACGUAAAGUAUAACACACAGAGCUCAUAUCAGAUUAUCACCGGCGCCGAUCGAACGCUAAAUAGACAGCUACAGUCCAGACAAGCUUUGAUUGAAAUACGAUAACGAGAUCGAGAUUGGAAAAGGAGCUCGAGGUCACGGACGAUGGCCGACUCGGACUCAGCUAGUGCUAAGCCUAAGGACAAGGCUAAGGCUACGCUAAAUCGGAAUAAGACUAAGUAAGACGGUAAGAGGAAGGAGAGAAACAAGCAAUGGCAGCUCGACCAUCCGGCCCAGAGGAGGCGCGGGAGUGGCUGUGAACAAGGCCAGGGUACGGCGGAGAAACUUCGCGAGCUGCAGGCGGCCUUCUCGUUGCCGAGUCUAGAGGAUGCAAUAGACAUGCCAGCUCACUGAGAGAUAUGAAGAACAGACAACACAAUCCAUCCCCAGCGAAGAAAUUCCAAGCAGCAGUAGGGGAAUUAGCAGGUGAAUAGUACAAGUCACCUUUGACCGCAAAUUCAUGGAGAACUUGGCCUACUCUGCUGAUUUGCUCGCUUCAGGCACACCAGCAUGCUCGAGUGUUUCCACAACCAUAUACUGAUGUAUGCUUCCAAGCGGUAUUCCUUUGACUACCCAGCAAACCGGGCAAGGAAUUUGCUUGCGGUCAUCGACUACAUGGCACACAAGGACAGGCCGGACCAGAUUGAUGAACAAGGCAAUACAAAAUAUGUUGCAGUAUGGUCAAAGCGUGCCAACAACUACGUGGCCCGGAAGGAGAAGGUCCCCAAGACCUACCCCUACAUGUAUGUACAAGGACUCAUCGGUGCGAUACUGGAACGCAGAGAACAGGACCAAGGACCACUGUUCUCGAAGGCUGUUCUGCUCCCUGAUGACCCUAGACACACAAGGCCCCGGCUUGCACCAUUUCCUCCACCACAAGUUGAUGUGAUCCUAGCCAGGAGACUAGGCCGAUUAGAGAAAUCCAUGUAAUCCUCUGUAGUGAACAUUUGGGAUUGUCUGACUUGAGAACUGCUUUUUUUCGAGCAGAGACUAAGGGAUCCAAAUGGCAUCCUUCCGUCCAUCCUCCGUGACUGUACACAAAUUUGAAUGAAGUCUAAUGUGAAAUCUUACCUGCAAAAAUCAAUUAGGGUUGCUAACUUUCCAACCCUGCAUCUGUUUGUAACCAUACUUGAUUGGUAGAUGCCCUUUAUUGGCCUCCAUGAUAUUCUGGAGUUGAAGGUCACAUAAGUAGGUCAAAGGUCAAAUGAGGUUCAUUGUUGCAUGAUUGCAUGCAAGACUCUUAAUCGCCUCGAUUUAAUUUGUCCAUGUGGCAUGUUUUUAGGCUAUCUUGAGGAUUGGUUGGAACUUAACAUUUUGUGGUCCGGAGGUAAAAGAUUGCAUGGCUUAGCAUUACGAGCAUGUAUUCUUGAUAUGUCAGAGACCCUUUGACAAAAUACCACCAAACUUGAUACUAGAGUGUCCCUGGGGAUCAUGGGGAUGUGGUUAUCUGGAGAAAAAAAAUCACAUAACACAUGAUAUACAUGUACCAGAAAUAAAUUGUUAUUGUUGCUAGAUUAGCCACCAUGCUUGGCACUUGUAUAUUGUAUUACAAUAAGAGGUUGGCAAGUUUACAAAUGGAAGAAAUGUAGGAAUAUAAAAGACAAAUUGUGACAUCAGUGUAUAAAAGCUCUAUGUGAUUUAUACAAUUCAUAAUUUGUGAUAAAAUCAGUGCUUGCUCAUGUGGAAAUGGUGGAUAUUUCAAUUUGUAUCUAUUUGGCAACCUAUAUUCCUUGAAGAAGUUACGGUAGUAAUUAUAAAAUUUACAGCCAAGAGGUCAAACCAUGAGUCAACAAUGUGUUUGGUUUUAGUGACUGUGCAUGUAACUGAGGUGACAGUCGAUCAUGAAAAAGACUAUACUUCGGAACCUGUUGAAAAUCAACAUGGACAGAAGAAAGAUUUGUAGAAUAUCUUAUUGUAAAUAGUCUUCAUUUUUUGUUUAAUGCAAUCAAUGUGACUAAAAUAAUGCAAGCGAAAAAGAGAAAUGAUCACAAGACAGCAAAACAGUUGGUUUCAUGCAUCAUUUGAAUCAAUGAACGUGAAUCAGCUCAACGCCAAAGUAUUGCGGUUCAAGGUUAUACCAUCAAGAGAUAUGCUGCCUGUAACUACUUUGUAGUUUGAAAGGGUGUAUAAAGGAAUAAGGAUACAGUUGGGCAGGCGAGUCUUUCUGUUGGUCUAUUGUAAAAAACUGGGUCAAAUUUUUUCCAAUUUUUUUGCAAAUUGUAAUAAAACUUGGUAUACCGAUUGACCCGAGGGUGUGCAAGACACAUUUGUUGUGUCUGUCUGUUAAGGUACCUCCAUGGUAACCAAGCUUUGCACAAAGAAUACAAUUUUGUUUUAAUAAUCUUGUGGAGCAUAUUCUUUCCAAGUUUUAGCAAUUUUAUAGUUUUGGUAUCUUUGAUGAGGCAUUAUAAUAACAGUAUAAAACUCAAUGCAUGUGCAGUGUGUAAAAUAAGUAUGUGAGCAAACUAUUGGAAGUAGUUUGAUCGAUUCAUAUGAAACUCAGUACACACAACGCAGAAUUGUCUUUUGUGUGCGUAUAGGACAUGACCAGUUUUGAAAUGUCUGUGCUAUUUUUUUGAAAAACCUUAUGUUGGAUGUUAAUCACUUGAGGUGAUAUUCAUAGUCGAGCAUUAGGGAAGAUGAAAGACAUAUAUGUACCUAACUAUACUUAAUUUUGUGCUGAAACUGAUAUGAUUCAGGAUUUGAGAUCGAUAUGGAGUAUGUAUACAUGUAUACUCGUACACA